AAAAAUUUGCAAAUAUUGUCGACUAAACGUCUGGAGAUUUGCGGACCAAAUGCCAGACAUUUUGGCAAACAAUCCAUUUAUUUCGCCGAUAAGUUGGACUCAAAUGAAUCGGUGAUUAUAGGAGAGAUCGCGUGUCGUGUGAUUAAGACGUGUCGACAAAUGGGUAUCAAAAGUGUUGCCAUUCAUUCAGACAUUGAUUCCACGGCUCUUCACGUGCAAAUGGCCGAC